AUGUCAGGAAAUUUCGACCGAAAUCAAAGAAGUCGACCAAGGUUUUUCGGAAUCCAAGAUUAUGAUGAUAAUGAUGUUUUCCAAUCGAAUGAUAAUAACGGGAAUGGCGGCAGAUUUACGAAUACCUCUACAACGACAAGUGGUUACAGUAGUUGUUUUACGAGUAAUACUACUAAUGAUAAUGAUAGUCAAACAAUAUUUCAAUUUGAUGAAAUGUUUGAACAAAGCACCUGUCAAGAUGUUGAUCAAUGUUGGGGUAGUAAUUUAUCUGACAGUCCUCCAUUAGGCCGUCCACGAAGAGCAAAUCCCAAGCCGUUAACAGGUCGAUAUGAAGUGGAAUUCCCAGGUAUAUUCGUUGAAGGAUUUCGUGGGGGUCAUGUGAAAUUUAAUAUACCUGGAGUAUUACAGGGUUCUCUGAAACCUACCGACUCAAUGAUAGUGAAAAUCAACGUACCAAGUCCUGAACAAUUCCAUCUAUCUGAAGUGUAUGGUCAGUCUUCAUUUGGGAAUUCUACACAAACAGAAGGAGUUUCUCAGAAUAGAGAAACUUCUACUGUAAGUACAAGUCGUUUUGCUACUUCGUGUUUCGAACAAAAUACACAUCAGACAAUGUCGGAUCAUUGUAGCACUACAAUGCCUUAUACUUCAGAUAUACUUUCAAACCUCCGUUCUAAUCAUCCAAAUCCUAGUGAUUCAUAUCAGUUAAAUUCUACGGAUACUAAUAAAUCUGAUGCCCAUCUAUUACGUUGUGGUACUACUACUGAAUGUUCCACCAUUUCAUCAAAUCUUUGUUCUUCCAGUCGUUUCCCUAGUGUUUAUGAAAGAAUCUCUACAGAUUCCGGUCUACCAUCAAAUUAUUUAAUUCGUCCAGUAAUCUCUGGUCAUAGAAAAAUCGUCGAAGAAGAUAAUAAUGACAGAGGUGGUUUUGAUAUUGGUGGCGGAGAGCGAAAUCCAUUUAACUUUAGUAAUGAAAAUAAUCAGUUAUCUCGUUUCGGACAAUUCGGUACUUAA